AUGUUAGAAACAAUAACGUCAAUCAACCACACGGAGAUGAAGAUAAACGAUCAACUAAACAAGUUUCACAAAGCACUAACAACAGGUCUACAAGACAUAGCUAGAGGCCUCAACGAAGUAGAGGACAAAGUACAAAGACUAGAAACCGAAUAUAGCAGAUUACGAAUACAAACUACAGCAUUACAAUCUUUAGCAGGCACAACGGUACCAGACAAUAUUGUAAGGUCUCUGUGGUUAGGUAGACUGCCAUCGUCUACACAGGCUAUUCUAGCUACUCAAGCUAAAGCUAGUUUGGACGCAUUUGUCGAGCUAGCUGACACAAUAUCUGAAGCUAUAGCUCCUAGCGCCCAAAUUUCAGAAGCUUGUAACGCUCUUGGAAGCACCAUUGAUAAAUUGACAGCCGAAUUAACCGACUUGAAAAUCCAGCUAGCUAGCUUGUCGCAGGCUCAAGCACAAACAAACACAUACCGUCGCAACCGCAGCAACUCAAGACGCAGACCAUAUCCUAGAGACAGUAGCUACAGUAGGGAACAUAAUAGUGAUAUAUUAUGUUGGUAUUACUACCGCUUUGGUGACCAGGCUCAAAAGUGCUCUCAUCCGUGCAAGCAUCAGGGAAACAUCGCGGGCAGUCGGUGA